AUGGCGAACCGGGAAUCAAACAAUCAUCGAUCUCGGACGACUCGGAUACCUGCGCCAGGAAUAUUUGUUAGCGUCGAGUUCGGCGUGUCGUUUUCAAAUCGACCACCACAUACGGCUUCCAUGGCAUAUACCUCGAGACGAAUGCAACAAAGAUUACAUCAACAGCGUCAGCAGCAAGAGGAACACCUUUUACAGCAACGGGACUAUUACCAACAACCCCGAGCAACUGAUUUUGAAGGACCACAUCCUGCUAUCUUGAUGCCAGGAGUCGGUGGCUACUAUAAUGAGCAGCAUCGGCAGCAAGAGUGGCAAGAUUGGCAAGAAUAUCAGCCGAGGAGAAUGUCUAUUCGGACACAAAACAGUCGCGAAAGAGGGAGCUCUGCUCCUCCAUCGCUGUCCGAUCAUUCCGAGUCCAUCGGUCCAACCAGUCCAGUCAGUUCUAUGGGAACCUUCAACCAAUUCGGUGGCCUCCAGCACACGUCUAGUAUGCCCAUAGGUGGGAUACAAGACAGAUUGGAGAGGCCACUUCCACCACUUCCAUCACAGUUCAGGCUGGGAGAGGACGGAUUACCCUGGACUACAGAGCCUUGGUACAUUGAACCAGAGUCUGAGCAUCCGAAUUCAACGACGACAGGAAUUGAGCUUGAGAAUAGGAGGCAGGAAGACCCUCAGCGGGUGAGAGACCUGGAAGCACUGCAGCAGGCUAUGAUGACAGUGGACAGUCUACCUCACGAAGAUGCAUGGGAACCAUGGACUUGGGACAGCGUAGGAGAUAUGCCUGGAGGUCCCAGAAGCUUAGGUUGGGCAGUGCGGUCAGAAGACUCACGGCAUGGAAUGUCUCCGAGGGGUCCACUGCCCUAUGUUGUCAGUCAGUUUGAGCAAGCUCUUGCAAGAGGUUAUGUGAUGAGGCCGAGAAGUUCUGGCUGA